AUGUCUAUCAGUUCUAAAUACUUCCCAAACGAGCCUUCUGCUCCAGAGGUGAAAACCGCCUUCCCAGGCCCAAAGUCUCAGGAAGCCGUUAAGCUGCUUGACACGGUCUUCGACGCUAGACCUGUUUACUUCGUUGCCGACUAUGAAAAGUCCAACGGUAACUACAUUGUGGAUGUUGACGGCAACACCUACUUGGACGUUUACGCCCAGAUCGCCUCCAUCCCAUUGGGUUACAACAACCCAGCUUUGGCUGAGGUUGCCAAAUCUGAUAAGAUGAUUAGAGCCAUUAUUGAUAGACCUGCCUUGGGUAACUUCCCAGGCAAGGACACCCAGGAGAUCAUCCAGAGCUUGUUGGAUGUUGCUCCAAAGGGCCAGGACAAGGUCUGGUCUGGUCUUUCUGGUGCUGACGCCAACGAGUUGGCCUUCAAGGCUGCUUUCAUGUGGUACCAGUCCAGAAAGAGAGGCUACAAGACUGACUUCACCACCGAGGAGUCCAAGACCGUCAUGGAGAACCAGUCCCCAGGUUCCCCAGACUUGGCUGUCUUGUCCUUCGAGCGUGCUUUCCACGGUCGUUUGUUCGCUACCGCUUCUACUACCCGUUCCAAGCCAAUCCACAAGUUGGAUCUUCCAUCCUUCAAGUGGCCAAAGGCUCAAUUCCCAUCCUACAAGUACCCAUUGGAAGAACACUCCAAGGACAACGAGGAGGAGGACAAGAGAUGUUUGGCUAUCGUUGAGGACGCUUUCAAGAACGCUGCUGCUCCAAUUGCUGCCGUCUUGAUUGAGCCAAUCCAGUCCGAGGGUGGUGACAACCACGCUUCCAAGGCUUUCUUGCAGGGCUUGAGAGACAUCACCAUCAACCACGGUGCUCUUUUGAUCAUGGACGAGGUUCAGACCGGUGUUGCCGCUACUGGUAAGUUCUGGGCUCACGAGCACUUCGACAUCUCCCCAGCUCCAGACAUGGUCACCUUCUCCAAGAAGUUCCAGUCUGCUGGUUACUACUUCCACGACCCAGAGAUCAUUCCAAACGUUGCCUACCGUCAAUUCAACACCUGGUGCGGUGACCCAGCUAGAAUGUUGUUGGCUGGUGCCAUUGGUGCUGAGGUCAAGAAGAACGACUUGGGCGCUGCUGUUGCUAGAGUCGGUGACUACUUGUACAAGAAGCUUGACGCUUUGGCCAAGAAGUACCCAGACUUCAUCAACAACCUUAGAGGUAAGGAUAGAGGUACCUUCAUUGCUUGGUCUUUCAAGGACGCUCCUUUGAGAAACCAGUUCUUGUCUGACAUCAAGAAGGAGGGUAUUAACAUGGGCGGCUGUGCCGAGGACUCUGUUAGAUUGAGACCAACCUUGGUGUUCGAGGAGAAGCACGCUGACAUUCUUACCGCUGCCAUUGAGAAGGUCUUGGCUACCUACUAA